UUGUUCAAUAGUUUCAGUUUUCUUGAAGCCACAAAGUGAAAACAUUAGGAUGAGUCCUUUGCAGUUUUAUUGCUUGCUGGUCUUAUUAAGCAUCUUUGGCCGUGGCUCAUCCCGGGAUGGCAUUGUGGGUGGACAAGAAGCUGCCCCUCACUCCCGCCCCUACAUGGUGUCUUUGCAGGUUGAUGGGAUUCAUGAUUGUGGUGGAGUGCUGCUGAGAGAGGACUUUGUGCUGACCGCUGCCCAUUGUGACAAGUCAUAUGUCGCCCUUCUCGGAGCUCAUUCCCUUAAAGACCAUGAGAGUUCAAAGCAGCGUAUUGAAGUUGCUAAGUCCAUCCCUUACCCCACAUAUAAAACAGGCGACCUUGAAAAUGACAUCCAGCUCUUGAAGCUAAAAAGUAAUGCCACACUCAACUGCUAUGUCAGCCCGAUUCCCGUCAAGGAUUGCAGUUGUCUACCACGGCAUGUCCUCUGCAGCACAGCGGGAUGGGGUGACAUGUAUGACAAUUACACCUUCCCAGAUAGGCUGCGUGAAGUGAACACUACAGUCAUCGGGAAAAGAAGAUGUGCACACACCUGGCCCACUGUCACUCGGAGAAUGAUAUGUGCCACAGACCACGGAGCCGUGCAGGGCUUCUGCUCCGGAGAUUCUGGAGGUCCACUGGUCUGUGAUGGAGUCUGUGAGGGAGUGGUCUCUUUCUCCCAUUUAAAGUGCGGAGAUCCCAGAUAUCCAGAUGUUUACACGAGGGUCUGCAUGUACAAUAGAUGGAUUCGCUGGGUGAUGAGAAGAUACUGAUUAGAAGAUGCUGGGUGCAAUGAAAUGUCGAAAAAAAUGCAGCUUUGUCAAAUAAAACCUUGAUUAUUAUGACCACACCAGAAGGUUGCUUUGAAGAAAAAUGUCUGCUAUAUGAAUAAAUGUAAUGUAAAAUUUAAAAAAACAAUUCACAGAACUACAGUAAAUGCUUGCUG